AUGGUGGAUUUUCAAGAACCAUUUUUUGGAGUCUGUAGAGAUCAAUGGCCUUGUGCCAUUGCUUGUCUUAUUCCAGGAGGAUACUGCUGGCUUCAAUCGCGAACCACAGCUAUUGUAAAUGGCGGAUAUCUGCUAGGACCGUUUUUAAAAGUUUGCUUGCUCCCUCAAGCAAUUUUUUGCUUGAUCUCAAUUGAAAUUAGUUUGUACAAAAAUUUUUAAAAUUACUAUUAAAAAUAUUUUCUUAAUUCUUAAUUUAAAGGAAAAAUUAAAUUAAAUUUAUAAUAUUAUGCUUAAGAAUGCAGACAUUUUAAAAUUUAACAGAGCUUCACAGAUCCCUUUAUAAUAAAUUUUGAUUAUAUAUAAAUAUUUUUAUUAAUUAAUUUUUUUUUCCUCUUAAUUUUCCAAAAAAUAGGAAUUUUUCUCGAGGUUUUCUCACUCUUAAAAGAGAGGCUUAGGAUUCUGUAUUGGCGCUGCAUUUAAUCGACAAAAAAUCCGGGAUGCUUUCCUAAUUGAUGGGCAUAUCAUAAAAGAUUGUGUAGCCCAUCUCCUAUGUCCUAUAUGUGCAGUAACCCAAGAAUACCGAGAAGUAUGCAGAAGAAUAGGUCCAUCUAAAACUUUUGUUCUGAUGACAUCCUAG